UUCUGUGCCAGCCUCGGUCCUCUGACCGCUGUAGCCGGCCAUGCACCCUCUCCUGGUGUUUGCCCUAGUCCAGUGUGCUGCGGCGCUGCCGCUGGACGAGGGUCUGCUGGAACUCUCAGGGAUAAUUGUGGCUGUUCGAGACUCGGCUGAGGAAGUCAGCACAGCACUGGAAGGAUCGGGGUUUGCCGAUGGAGACGUAGAAGGUUCUGGAGAGCUCGAGACCAACCUCGAAGGCUCGGGUUCCCCCGAACCAGAUGGUCACCGGGUCCCUGUGUCUGCGCAGGCAGCUUCAGAGGUCCCGCCGGUCCAGGCACACUCGCAGCAGGCGGUCCCCUCUACUGCACAUCAGAUCAGAAGUCAAACGUACGAGAACAACAACGGCAGCUUCAGCUACAGCUACAGCACCGGCGACGGCACGUCUGUGGGCGCGGUGGGACACCAGAGGCGGAUCGGGGACGGCGUCGGCACCGUGAUGCGCGGCCACUACUCAUACCUGGCGCCCGACGGCCGGCACGUGAACAUUACCUGGGUGGCCGACGAGGGCGGCUUCCGCGCGUUUGGUGACGCCGUGCCCACGCCGCCAGCCGCCGUCGGCAGCCCGCCGAGCCUGGUCGCCGUGUCCGCAGCGAGCGGGGGCGGGGAGAGGCCCAUCACCAGCGCGCAGGCCAAGUUGGAGACCGGAAAAGGCGCGCUCGGCAUCGCACCGGUCUGCGAUGACCUGGAGGGUCCUGCCACUGGGGCGGACGACUCCAGUGCCGACUCUGCGGCGCUCACAGAGGACGUCCUGUCCGCCGCCGCAACCACUCCCGUCCGAGUCGGGAAGCUCCUCCUCGCCUCUGAAAAAGGCAGAGUCCCUGUUCUUGCUGACAUAACUGAGGCCGCAUUCGUCACAACCGCCAUCUUUUCUACCGACGAAAAUAGUGAAAAUAGGAGUGAAGCAGCGGUGGCGUACGAGCCAGACACAAAGGAGGCAGAGGAGCCUAACGAAGAGGUAGAACCCAAGUCUGACGAAGGAGUAGCACAAGAGUCUGAUAUAGAGUUGGCACAGGAGUCUGACAUUGAGCUGACACAGGAGUCUGGCAUAGAGCUGACACAGGAGUCUGACGCAGCGAGUUUGACCUCUGGCGAUGUCGGAAGGCUCACUGCUGCUGAUUCGCCUUCCAUCGUUUCUCGGGUAGAAGGAACCUUAUUAGGAUCGGACGCCGAUGGAGGUCAUCCCGCAACCGAGGCCCAGCCCAUGUCUUCUGACCGUGCUGAUGCAGCAGGUGCACACACGUCUUCAGUGCUGGGGGCGCUGGAGCUGCUGGCGCGCCUCAGCUGAGUUCAGCUCCGCGGAGGGCGCCGCAGCUGAGUUCAGCUCCGCGGAGGGCGCCGCAGCUGAGUUCAGCUCCGCGGAGGGCGCCUCAGCUGAGUUCAGCUCCGCUGAGGGCGCCGCAGCUGAGUUCAGCUCCGCGGAGGGCGCCGCAGCUGAGUUCAGCUCCGCGGAGGGCGCCGCAGCUGAGUUCAGCUCCGCGGAGGGCGCCUCAGCUGAGUUCAGCUCCGCGGAGGGCGCCUCAGCUGAGUUCAGCUCCGCGGAGGGCGCCGCAGCUGAGUUCAGCUCCGCGGAGGGCGCCUCAGCUGAGUUCAGCUCCGCGGAGGGCGCCUCAGCUGAGUUCAGCUCCGCGGAGGGCGCCGCAGCUGAGUUCAGCUUCACAGAUGAGUUGCAGCUCCUCAGAUGAGUUGCAGCUCCUCAGAUGAAACACAGCUAUGGGCGUCUGCCCAAGGAGAAGCAGACGGAGACGGUCGGAUGUCGCUUCAAGAAGAUGUUGCGGUACCCACAUAUCAGAGGGUGCCGGUAGUCCCAAUGAGAAUAUCCCGGCGUAUAUCGCUGGCGUCCACAGCAUUACACUGUAUUUUUUUUGUGCCUCAUGAGCAGAUGUUUAGAGUGACCGGUAUGUUGCAAUUGCGGGUAGAGGAAAGACACUGAGCAAGAAUAAUAGGAACUAAAAGUGUUCCAGAUAAAAAUCAUCAUUUUUUGUUGAGUGUUUCUUUGCCGUUUAAGUGACCAUCCCACCUUAACAUUAGUUUUGAGUUGAUAUAGUCAAAUGGGGGUCCCUGGCUUGGAAGUACCUGUUUAGGCACUUACAACGUCGAGAAAUGCUUUGAUUCAGAGAUAAUUAGUUUUGGAUUCUACGGGGCUAGUACAUUUGAAUUAGAAUUGGUGACGUCAGCGCAGAUCUAACGAUUUUUAAACAUUAUAACUUAUUUAUUAGGAUGCCAAAUUACUUUCAAAUGACCUCAGGAACAGCAGAGGUCUCAAAAAUAAACAAAAGUUAUUGUGUAAUUAAUAUCUUG